GCCUAAUAUUGGGCUUACAAUCAUCCCAAUUGGCAACAAACCCUUAACACAGCCAAUUAUAUAUAUGCGUGGUGCCCUAACUUAUUGAUUCCUAGCGUCUCCACAGCUUCAGUUCUCCUUUACCCGUUAAUUCAGAUUUGCAAACUAGUUUUGAAUUAUCUCCUCCGCGAAAGAUGGCUCUGAGCGAUCUCGCUUGCUCCUACGCUGCUCUCAUCCUCCACGACGAUGGCAUACCUGUCACCGCAGAGAAGAUUGCGACACUGGUUAAGGCUGCCAACGUGCCUAUAGAAUCGUACUGGCCAGGCCUCUUUGCCAAGCUUUUUGAGAAGAGGAACAUCGAUGACCUCAUCAUGAACGUUGGAUCUGGUGGAGGUGGUGCCGCCGUCGCCUUUUCCGGUUCCGCUGCUGGCGGUGGUUCCGCUGCCGCCCCGGCCGCCGCAGCUGCUGUUGAGGAGAAGAAGGAAGAACCCAAGGAAGAGAGUGAUGAAGAUAUGGGAUUCUCUUUGUUUGAUUAGGAUCUAUGUUUUGGUAUUCUUCUAGGAAAUUAAGACCCAUCUGAGCGGUUACAAGUUCAAAAUUUUAUUGGUCAUAUUUUCUUUUCUACAAUUAUAGUAGUUGUCUGAAGAAAUUUUUAUAUCAAAACAUCUGAUUCUGUAAUGUGGGGUUUAUGGUCUAAGUAGGAUUAUUUACAAAACUUGCAAUCUGAUGAUAAUUUUUAGGGCAAUUCCUAUGUGUCAUCUACAACACUUUUCUUUGAUAUGAA